CGACAUUAUCCUUUUUUUUUUGGGAUAAAGAGAAUAAAAAUGACAGCAGUAAUGACAGCAGUAACGGAGCAGCAUCAGCAAAAGCAGAGUGAAAAUCUAAUAUGCAGAAAGACCAAUCUGUUCAACUAUAAUUCGCUGCAGCUAAAUCCUUCACUUCCUUCAAAUAAAUACGUAUCAAGCACAAACACAAUUGAAUCAGAAACAGAGAAAAAAAAACGAAGUCGAAGUAUUCUACAUGGUGUAUCAGAGAAUUCUCAACAAGGAGGGUUACUGGGCCUCAUUUAUACGUUGAUUCUAUACCUUAUUCAUAUUUUGUACAUGUCUUGUGUUGCAUGUAAAUCAUUACAAUUAUACCUCAGCCUUAAAUUACAGACACUUUGCGCAAAAGAAGAUGAUGCAAUCAUAUUACAACGGAUACUGUAUGAUAAAAAGCAUUUGACAAAGAUACCGAAACACUUGACCAUCAAUAUCUCGCGAGAAUUAUCAACGACAAGAAAUCUUCAAGAUUGGGAAACGAUCAAGUAUCAACUUUCGAAGGCGACUUGUUGGGCUUUUGAGUUUGGUAUUCAGGAAGUGUCUGUCUAUGACUCUUUAGGAAUGAUGAAGUCUGUUGAAGUGGACUUGUAUAAACAACAGUCCACAUUAUUACAUGAAUGGAUCACUGAAAAGUCACUCAAUCUCAAAGAAGAACAGCAACAAAAAGAUUUUAAGUUUACAAUUCUGUCAGCCGAAAACGGAAAGAGGCAGAUGAGAUACGUAACACAAGAAAUUAUAAAAAAGCAUUUCAAUGAUGACAUUAAUGUUGAUCUGGUAGAUAAAUACAUGCAUACGGAUACCAUUUCAGAUCCAGAUCUCAUGAUCGUUUAUGAUGGAUUGCCUCAUAAUUACAUCUCAUUAGACGACUAUCCGCCUUGGUACAUCCGAUUGACUGAAAUAGUCAAUUGCACUAGUUGUCACUGCUUGGACUAUAAUGUAUUUUCAAAAUGUCUGUAUAAGUUUUCUAAAGUGGAACAAAGAUUCGGACGAUAGAAGGAAGGGCAGUUUUAGAUGGCAUCAAUAAAGUGUUAGAAUUACUAGGCUCCUGUACAAUAGAAUUUUAUAGAAGCCUUCACGAAGUACAGGUAUCUCCACCGCUUAGUACAGGGGAAGGAUACUCCCAUUCUGUGCCCUUAAACGCCAAGCUAAACGAUGACUUUUUUGGUUUUAUUCUUUUUGUGUGCUGAACUUUGUUAGAGGUUCGUACACGUUCUGUUUCAGUUUUAUAAAGGCGAGUUUAUCCAAUCAUACAAAGGAUAAAAUAAACUGCUUCCUUAUUCAUAAUUUACCUCGGAAC